AUGUUGGAGGUGAGACGGCCCAUUGGGCCUGACGUGUCCUCGAUCCCGACGCCUCCCUUGCAAGCAUUUGCACUCUUCAUCAUCGUUUUCUUUACCGGUCUGGCUUUCUUCGUCUAUUGCCUUCGGGUAUAUUCGAGAAUCCGACUGCACACAUGGGGUAUCGGUACGUGCUUUUACUUACUCCUGCUUUCUUCCUACCCCGCGCCGAUCCCGGACGACAUCAAGUUGAACUACUUCGGGUGGAAAGCAAAGGAUGUGCCAGAAUUCGACCCCCAACCGGGCUUGUGGUGGUUCUACAUGGCGCAGAUACUCUACAACCCUGUCCUUGCCCUGGUUAAGGCCUCGAUUCUGGUCUUCCUGCUGCGACUAGUGGAGCAGUCGACGCGGGUUCGCUGGGCUAUUGAGUUUCUAAACGCCUUCAACGCUCUCCAGUGUGUUGCCGUCUUCCUCGUUGCCAUUUUUCAGUGUCUUCCCGUCAAGGCGAACUGGGACCAGACCUUGAGAGCAGACCCCGACACGAGAUGCAUCGGCAACUCGUUCCACAUUAUAAGCUCAUCCAUUACACUCCUGACAGAUAUCGUCAUUGCGGCUCUCCCUGUCUGGAUAUUCAUGCGUCUCAAUAUGCCCUGGACAACCAAGAUGGCUGCGAUGGGCUUCUUCCUACUCGGUAUCAUCGUGACGGUCAUAGGAAUAGUGCGCCUUCUGAACGUUGUCAAGCUACUUUACUUUCCCGAGGAAAUUGGUGACCGUUAUCAUAGUAUCGCCAUCACGUUGAAUACCGUCGAGGUCAAUGUUGCCAUCAUAUCAGCCUCAGCACCCGCGUUGCAUACCCUGCUCCGAGACUGUCUACCCCACUGUUUCGCCGGCGACAGUAGCCGGCGCAGUCAGGGUAAUGGUGCACCGGUCGAGAGCAAGGCAUCCUUCGAGAAUCAAAGCGACGACACCGGCUCGCAGCCUGCCCCCGACCACGGAAAUGUUGGAAUUCAUCUUGAUCCGGUCGGCCGGAAGUUCCGCCAGCAACUCGCCGACGUUCGCAGCAUCAGCUCUGCGGGAUCUGAGGAUGGCAUCAUGGGCCACAGUGGGAUUUUAUGUACUACCGAUAUCCGAAUCCAGUACCACAAUGACCAGAUUCACGGCUCCGAAACUAAGGAUGGGGUUGCCAGCAGCAUGCAGGAAUCCGAAAACAAGGGAUGCGGCGGUUAG